AAAGUUUAUCAACUUUACGAAAAGCUCACGAUGAAAAACGUAAAGAGAUGAUCGAGAUUUAUGAAGAAGGGCGAAGAGAAGUUUUAUUAAAUUGUGAUGUUAUCGGAAUGACAACAUAUGGUUCAGCUAAAUUUGGAAAUUUACUUAGAUCUAUUGGACCGAAAAUUGUUAUAUGCGAAGAAGCCGGAGAAGUGCUUGAAGCUCAUAUCCUUAGUACAUUAACAUCCUCAACACAACAUUUAAUUUUAAUUGGUGAUCAUAAUCAAUUAAGACCGCAUAUUGCUACUUAUACUCUUAGCAUUGAUUCAUCUCUUGGAGAGAAUUAUCAAUUAGAUAAAUCAUUAUUUGAACGGUUGGUUUUAGGUGAUAAAGCAAUGAAAAUUGAAAAAUCUCAACUCUUAACUCAAAGACGCAUGAGAAGAGAAGUUUCUGACCUAAUUAGAUACACUUUGUAUCCUGAUUUAAUUGAUGGCGAAAACACCACCAAAUAUCCUGACGUACGUGGGGCACAGCAUAAUGUUUACUUUAUUGAGCAUAGAACUCCCGAAGAUAGUUCUGGUGGCGAGUUUGCAAUGCAAUCUCAUGUGAAUACAUAUGAGGUUAAGAUGGUUGUUGAAAUGGUUAAGUACUUCGUUAGUAAUGGAUAUACAAAACCCUUAGAUAUCGCAGUACUUACUCCAUAUUUAGGACAGAUGAUUAAAAUUAGAGAUGCUUUAAAGAAGUCCUUUGCUGUGAUUAUUGAUGAAAGAGAUGCCCAAGAAAUUGCCGAAUUUGAAGAGCAGGUUGAAGAGGUUGAACAAGAAACAAGUGUUGCUACGAAAAAAUCGUUAAAUCAACAAGUUGAUUUGAGAACAGUUGACAACUUCCAAGGAGAAGAAGCAAAGAUCGUAAUUAUUUCUUUG